AUGGCCUCGGAGGCAUCUCUCGCACCCGGCCCAUGCCAUCCCCUCGCUCACAUGCUCAGACGCCCCCCACCAACAGCGUCACGGAUGGUCCACCGCCUGAGAACCACCUCGGUCGCAGACGCCACCUGGCAAUCCUACCGUCCUACACCUCUGACUCUUGUGCCUCCGAAACCUACCACCCCCUCUGGAAACAAGGCCCCUGACCAGCGAUUUUUUGACGACUCGCCCGAGGAUCGCAAGAAUGUCCUCAAAGACUUUCUCCAGACCGAACAAGCCUACGUCACCCAACUUCUCCAGCUCAAGCGCAUCUACAUCUCUCCCACUUCCAGACCUAUCCCUCUUCCCGGGAAGACGGGAGACUAUUUCGAGAUUCCCAGAGACCAGUGGGAUAUGGUGUUUGGCGGCAUUCAGGAAAUUGUCAACUAUCACGCCGUGGACAUUCUCCCAACACUGAAGGGUAUAGUGCGCCAGAUGACGGCCAUGGGACAUGACCUGGACGGCAAAUGGUCGCUGCGCGCAGCGUACGAAGUCGCUGAGCUGUUCAACUCUCGCGCUGCCCAGAUGGGAAAGUUCUACAAGGCCUAUGGGGAAAGGCUUUGCCAGUCGCUACUGAUGGCCGAGAUGUGGGAGAGCCCGCAGGGGGAGCCGACGGACAGGGAGAGGAGGAUAGAAGAGUUUCUGAUGAAAUGUCGGGCACACAAGGAGCAUCAUAUGAGAGGGUUGGGUCAAUACCUGGAGGUUCCUUUGCAGCGUUUAGCUCAUUAUGAGCUCUUCCUCCGACAUCUCUGCCGCCACACCCCACCCAAAGAGAUCGAACACGACCCUCUCGACAUCACCUACCACUUUGCUUCCAUUCUCUCAAAGCGCGUCGAACAGUCCAAACGCAUCGCACAGAUACGCUCGCAUCUUCACCCCUCUGCCAACAACGGGAUUACUCCUCCAUUGAAUUGGCAGAUACUGACGUCGGAUGCCCCAGAUCUCGUGAUGGAAGGACCAUUCAUCAUUGCCCGUUAUCUGACGAGAGAGGCGUUGACGUUUACAGUCGACAACAUUGUCAUUGACAAUGAAGAGCUCGUCUAUCCCAAUAACCGCUCAGAGACUAUCGAUACCGUCUACUACCAAUUCGGGCAUGAUCACCUCCAGGGCAAGCGGCUGCUCGGUGUCCUCCUUGCGGAUCGGUUGGUGUUAUUGGCAGAUACAGAGGAGAAGGAGGAAAAAGAUGAGGGGCUGGGGGAUUUCAAGACGUUUGCAGUGUUGAGGAUGACAGAGGUCAAGGAUAACAUGAAACUGUGUGGGUACAACAAGACAUGUUUGAGAGUUUGCGCUGGGACUUCGGCCUACUAUCUGGAGACGGGAGAUCGUGGAAAUGCCCACGAAUGGCUUAAUGAGAUUGAGACGCUUCGAAGGGAACGACAAGCAGAGACGAAGGCGAAGAGUAAGAAGGACGGCGAUAGGUAG